CUCCUCUACCAAAUACAAAGGAGAAGAAGAAUGUACUUCCUUUGUGUUUCCUGUAUUUAUUUGGUCACAGAUUAAGUGUAUUAUAAUGUAAACUUUAAUCCCAUAAACGGAUCCAUAUUCUGUCAGGAGGUCACACACCGUGGACACAGAAGUGAGUUAGCUUAGCCUGUUAGCGGAGCUGCGUCAUCGUGACGCUGCAGUGUUUGAGUUUGUACAGCUCAAAGUGGCUGAAACGUGUGUUCUGUGGAUGUAACUGUUGCGACUCGGUUUAUUUUUGUUCUCAAUAAUAACCUCGGUCAGUAGACGUGAAUUAUAUGUCGCCAUGAACUACACAUUGGCUCGCUUCUGACAUCAAAACCCUGCUGUUAGCCAAGAACAACAACAACAAGCAUGCCCCUCGCCCCGGCAAACCAGUCCCAGUUGAUUCGGUCCAGCCAAAGAGACGAAUAUUAUCAAACCUUCCUGAGAAACAACGCCAACGAAGCUUUUCAAACACUUGCUGGAUCUAAAAGAUGGCUGGACUGGAGGAAAGAGAUAGAGCUGCUAUCAGACCUUGUAUACUAUGGAUUAACUACAUUAUCAGGUUACCAAACAUUAGGGGAAGAGUAUGUCAGCAUUGUCCAGGUGGAUCCGUCUAAACGGAAGAUACCCUCACCGGCCAGACGUGGCCUCUUUGUCCUCUGCCAUGCAUUCUUGCCAUAUCUCCUGGAUAAGGUCCUGGUGUGUCUGGAGAAUGAGCUGGAAGGUGAGCAGGAGAGCUUCAGCACUGUGAGGCGGCGGCAGGCAGCAUCUGGGACAUGGAGCCUGGAGUCCUGGCUGAGGAAGUGGACGCAGAGGGCAGUGGGGCUGCUGUCAGAGUCCCAGAGGAGAGCGUGUCUGCCGGCCAUCUUUGUCCUACAUCAGGGUCUGACCCUCCUACACCGAUUCCAUGCGGCUCUGUUCUACAUCAGGGGCUCCUUCUAUCAUCUGUCUAAGAGGACGGCUGGUAUCAGCUAUCUGCGUGUGAUGGGCCUGGACAGCAGUGACAGAACCAUCAGGAACAGUUACAGGCUGCUGGGCACAGUGUCCCUCCUUCAGUUGGUCAUCACUGUCAGUCUCCAGCUCAACAACCUGAGACGGAGACAAAGAGCCAGGAAGGAGUGGAAGCUCUACAGGAAACUCAGUCCUCAGCGCACAACAAGCUUGAGUCCCAGAGUCACCCGCUGUAUCCUCUGUCUGGAGGAGAGAAGACACUCGACCUCCACACCCUGUGGACACCUGUUCUGCUGGGAGUGCAUCACAGAGUGGUGCAACACCAAGGCUGAGUGUCCUCUGUGUCGGGAGAAGUUCCAGCCUCACAGACUGGUUUACCUGAGGAACUACAGCUAGGAACACACACACAAACUUGUUUUUAUAUCUCAGUGAGGACACAUCAAAGACAUAAUGCUUUACCUAGCCUAGCCCCUUACCCUUACCUUAAUCAUCACAACUAAGUGCCUAACCCUGAA